AUGUACUCAGUAGAGAUGGUACUAUGUAAGGCAAAGGAGAUGCUGAAGAAGAAUUUCUACUUGCACUUGAGAAAAAUUCACAACUUUUCCAUGGUGGACUACGUUUCAUUGCACUCUCGUGAUCUUAUACAGUGUCUACGUUGCAAUUCCUACCUUGCCGAUCAUCAUGCAUUAGCCACUGAUUGUUUUAUACAAUAUGCUGAAGAUGGGGCACAAGGUCGUCCGCAAUGCCAUUCACUGCUUAGAGAAACUUUUGCGAACAAAACCGAGUUUGAGGACUGGCGUGACGAUAUGUACAAGAGAUUUCAAAUUAUAUUGCGAAGAAAAUGA